CAGGCGCAGUACGUAGAACUCGGCCAGGGUACGCCCCCAAAACGCCAUACCAAUAGGAUCGUCCCCUCGACAAACAGAGCGCAAAUUCUGGUCUUCUCAUUGAGGUAGACACAAUUUCUUCCACGCAGGGAAUGAUCAACCGUAUGUAAAGCAUAAGUACAGGGCAAACCGCAUCGGCUCCUGUUGCCUCACCAUCCCUCUUCUCCAACGCGAUCAGUUCCCGCCCUUGCACAUUCUGUCUACUAGCUAUGGCGACUGCACGGAAAAUUUCUUCAGCAGAAUGGGACUCGCACAAGGCGAGAAUAUCCGCCCUCUAUCUGGAGGAAAACUUGACGCUGGAUGAGGUCGGAAGGCGGAUGGAGAAUGAGCAUGGAUUCUCCGCUAGCAAGGCGCAAUACGUGCGGAAGUUGAGGCAAUGGCACGUGGGGAAAAACUCCACCAACGACAAGUGGAAAUUCGCUGCCAGUGUGGUGCAGAAACGGAAAUUGGAGGGGAAAGAGACUGAGAUUCUCAUCAAUGAGCGAUUGAUCUCGGCGAAGAAAUUGAAAAAGGCAAUAUCGAGAUAUGUUGGCCCUCGAUUUGAGGCUGAGGGAGAAUCAGUCGAUCCAAUGGACGUUCCGGAUGGAGUCGUCGUUCGUACUCCGCCAGCGGAAGCUAUUGGAGGCAUCGAGUUUGCACAUAUACCAUGGUUUCAGUUCCAGGACAUCUUAGAGUCAUGCAUAAUAGUCGAGCUCAUGGGCCAGACUGCCCCCGCAUAUGAUUUUGGACUCUCUGCCUCGUCCUCCGACCUAUCCGUGGCCUGGGAUAUGGAUAUAUUUGCUGACCUCUCCGGCCCGUCGAACCUGUCGUGGAUGCUUCCACAAGCUCAGUGCGACCUGCCCACUGGUGUGUCCGAGAACCCAGCGUAUCGGCUACCUCAAUCCACUUCGAGUGAUCAACCAUCCGCACAUUGGGACGGAACCCUUCAUGCAUCGCCGCACCCCGGGUCUCCGACACUCGAGCAAACCGACCGUGAGGCCAGACGGCUUCUUGGAGAAUGCUUGGGCGAAUUAAUCGAUCCAGAUUGUUCAGAGUACACGUCCAAAAUUGCAUCGAACCUAGAGAACAUUGCAAUCGAGAGGCAUAGCGGAGAGGUCGUCCGGCAUGUACAAAAGCUUUAUAGCAAGUCUACCUUGGAUGCAUCCUUCCAACUGCUGCGGUAUGCGGUCUAUCUCUCCUCAAAUAAUCUGCUUGCGGCUUCAAGAAUCGACAAACUCCUCGCCUGGGUCAUUCGGGGCGGAAAGUUUUGCGUCAUUGAGCAUCUGAUUGAGAAAAAGAUGCCUACAACGGAGAUUUUCGCGUCCAACCUUCUCUUAAGCGCGACGAGACUGGAAGAGAUUGACACGGUUCGCGCUCUCAUCGUGAGAGGUGUCGAUCCCAACACCCUUGCUGGAAUGGAGGUAAAAACUACCGCUCUUCAUGAAGCUACCCGGAAAGGCAAUUCCAUCCUCGUUCGUCUUUUAUUAGACGCUGGAGCAAAUCCCAAUGUGGACGAGAUCCCUACCUCUACGACGGUACUUGAACUUGCGGUUACGAGAUGUCAUCGCUGUGCCGCCAGUCUCGCCAUAGCGGAAAUGCUGAUUGGUCGCGGCGCAGACGUGAAUGCGCCUGUCGACGAUUGGGGACGUCGGUCGACACUGCUCAAAAGUGCUAUACAUCGCGGCGAUAUAGCUCUUGCCCAAGUGCUGUUGAAGGCAGGUGCGCGCGUCAACGAAGCGACGGGAGAAACAGGCACGGCACUUCAAGUGGCAGCCUCGCACGGCAAUACAGAAUUGGUUGAGAUCUUGAUUGAGGCCGGAGCGGAUGUCGAUAGUCCCAUCGGCAUGGCGUAUGAAGAUGCAUGCCGUGAGGCAGCGGAGCAGUGCCACUACAGUUUCUUCCUGACACCACUUCAAAUCGCAGCGGUGGUAGACAAGACAGAAAUGGCUCAGGUUUUACUGGAAGCUGGCGCAAAUGUCAAUGGAUUUCCCUCUAAGAGUUAUUAUCUGCGAAGGCUCGGGUUCUACGAGCACGGCGGCGAUUUUGAAAGCCAUUCCGAUUCUGACAGCGAUUCUGAUGUCGAGGACGCCGAGGACGACACCGACGAUAAAGACUACGAUCCGUUCCUAUGCAAUAAGGGGACGAUCCUAACGGCGCUACAAGCAGCAGUAGCAAACAACAAUGCUGUUUUGGUUCGGUUGCUAUUGAGCCUCGGCGCAGAUGUCAAUGCGAUAGGAGGUCAGGGAACUGCAUUGCAGAUUGCGUCAGCAAAACACAGCAGACGCAAAUUUAUGGAGCUCCUGCUGAUGAAAGGGGCGGAUGUGAAUAAUCCCGCACAGGGGCUCUGUCGGAUGACUGCUCUUCAAGAAGCCGCGCAAUCCGGAAACGAGGACGUGGUUCAGCUCUUGCUCAACGAAGGCGCCGAGAUCAACGCCCCUCCCAAUCCCAUUGGUGGCCGAGCUGCAAUCCAGGCAGCUGCGCAGUCGAAGAACCUCGACCUUGUCAAGCUGCUAGUCAAUCUUGGCGCGGAUGUCAAUACCGACGCGGCACCCGUGAGCGGCCGUACUUGUCUCCAAGCUGCAGCUGAGCAAGGAGAUAUUGAGAUGGUCAACUUCCUCCUCCAGUCCGGCGCUAAUGUGAAUGGUCCGGCCGCAAGAACUUCGCAUGGGCUGACCGCACUGCAAGCCGCAGUCAGGGCCGGUCAUGAUUUGAUACUCGAAAGACUGCUCGAAGAAGGCGCAGAUGUGAACGGCAUACCAAGUCCGAGCUAUGGAGUUCCAGCUCUCUGCGCUGCCAUCGACAAUAACCGAUACGAGUUGGCCCAAUUGCUCUUGGACAAAGGAGCCAACCCCGAUGGCUAUUGGGAUCUACCAACACCCCUUUCUACCUGCGUGAGACAACUGAAGUAUGACCCGACGGCAACAAAGGCAAUCGAGAUGGCUCGUUGUCUUAUCCACGCUGGUGCCGAUGUCAACAAAGGCAGUCGAGGCGAAUCUGGGACUCCGCUUCAAAUGGCGGCCCAGACAGGCUUGGCUGAGGUAGUCCGCUGCUUGCUGGAUGCAAAGGCGGACGUCAACGCUCCCGCUGUUAGCAUGUUUGGCAGCACAGCGCUUCAUCGUGCAGUCAAUAGAGAUCAUAUUGACAUCGUCAAGCUGCUGCUGUCCAAGGACGCCAACCCCAACCAGUCAAACUGGAUUGGAGAUGGUGCGCUACAUAUAGCAGUCAGCCGGUGGGCGAUCAACGACGAAGUGAUCCAGAUCCUGGUUGACCAUGGCGCUGAUGUGAAUGCAAAUCACGGCAGUGCUCUUCAGGUAGCUGCUGAGAAGGGAUCCGUACAGACGGUCCAAGUCCUUCUAGCGGCGGGAGCAGACAUCAACGCCCCUGCCUUGGGCAUACACGGGAAGACGGCACUUCAGGGAGCAGUCAGAACAGGAAAUAUUGGCCUCGUCAAGACCCUACUAGAUGCUGGUGCCGACAUAAACGCCCCUCCGGGUCCAGGAUGGGGUGGGACGGCGAUACAAGCCGCAGCUGGCUCUGGCGACGUCCGCAUGGUCCAAUUUCUUCUAUCACACGGCGCAGACGUCAAUUCGCCCGCUAGCAAAUCCCACGGAGCAACAGCAUUGCAGAAGGCUGCAAUAGGAGGCCAUCUGCGCAUCGCCCUGAUGCUCCUCAAGAUGGGAGCCGAUGUCAAUGCCGCACCGGCGCCUGUUGGGGGGCGAACCGCCCUCGAAGCGGCCGCGGAGCAUGGGCGCCUCGACCUUGUCCACCUGCUGCUUCGGAACGAUGGCGAACCGGAAACAAUCGAGACGCGAUGCAAGCGAGCGGCAAAGCUGGCGUCUUCCUCUGGACAUCUCAUCCUUGCCAAGCAGCUGCGGGAGUGGAAGAAAUCUUAA